UCCACUGGGAAAAACUGGAGUGGGUUAUUUGAGCAGUCGGGGGACGGCUGGGAAGUUGAGUGGAGGAGACGGGAAUUUAAAAAAAGGGCAAAACAAAACAAAAAAAACUCAGUACAGCAACAAUUCAGAGGUGUGAGUAGGACACGUGGAGUGGAGCCCGCCGGCGCUCACUGAAGAUAAAGUUUGGUUUCUGCGUCAAAGCUGCUUCCAGGAGACUCAGACAUGUAAGAUCCUCAAUCAAACGGAAGAAGUGCGUUUUAUUCCCGACUUGUUUCAUUUGUGAGAGACUGUGAGCAUGGAGGAGGCUCGGGGGAGGUGCAGGACCUGGGACUGGCUCAGAAACUCGCUGCUGCUUUGUUUAUUCACUGGAAGCGACGGCCAGUGUGAAGGCUGCAUAGAGUACUGCUGUGAUGGAUCCCCACCCUUCUGCUGCUCCUACUACACCUACGUGGGGGACGUCCUCUCGGGCACUGCCAUCUCCGGCAUCGUGUUCGGCGUGGUGUUUCUGAUGGGGGCGGUGGCGGCCCUGUUCCUGUGCAUGUGCAUGUGCGUGAAGAGCGGGCGUGGCGCACGGGUGGGCGUGUUCAACACCUCCUACGUCAACACUGUGAGCCAGGGCUAUCCAGGUCCUCCACCUCCAUACACCUAUGAUUAUGAGAUGUACCCACCAUCCUCGCGCCCCCCACCCUACACCCCAACUCCGCCCCGGCUGGACAACUACUCCCCGCCACCACCCUACCCCGGCUACACCCGAAAGUGAAUCCCGCCAGUGCAGGACGAGCGCUGUGACCACCUCAGCGGCAGCUCUCACGGCCCGGAUUCGGAGGCCCGGAGAUGAUUGUACACUUUGUGCUGUUCGUCUUUGAGUACAGAGCACCAAAAUAUCCACAUUAAAACUUAAAUAGUGUCAGUGCUGAACACCUGAAAUGAACGCCACUGCAUCUCUGCGCCAGAGCAUGUGGUUGGAAAGUAAAUGAUUUGACAAAAUGUGGGUCAGGAGACGUCCAAAGAGCUCCACAUCAUGUCUGAUGGACUUAACCGUUGGCUGCCCCGCGGGCCCUCAGCUGGUACUCUGCGCUGGCUAAUAACCCAUAUCCUUAUUUGUACCGUCUGUGCAGAUCAAAGGUAGCGUGCACUUUGAAGGUGAAGAUUAUCUUUGUCAGCAUGGAAGGGAGGCUCAUACCACCGGGGGACAAAUGUUCCUUCUGGACACAGUAUUGACCACUUUAUUUUUAUGUUAGGAGAGUUAAAUACCCCCCCCAUCCAAUUUUAAACUGUUAUAAAAGUUUAUGAUCAAGUCAUUUUAACGCAAGUCAAGUCGUCUACUGGUGGUCCGCUGAUGCAAAGACUAGAACUGGAUUGUGUGUGUGUGUGUGUGUGUGUGUGUGUGUGUGUGUGUGUGUGUACACUGUGUAUAAUAUAUAUAUGUGUACACUGUGUAUAAUAUAUAUAUGUAUACACUGUGUAUAAUAUAUAUAUAUAUAUAUAUAUACUGUGUAUAAUAUACAGUACAGAACAAAAGUUUGGACAUUCAAACAAAUGGGGAAGUGUCCAAACUUUUGGUCUGUACUGUAUGUGUGUGAUAUUUUUAUAUAUAUAUAUAUAUAUAUAUAUAUAUAUAUUACACACACACACACACACACAUCAAUGCCAUGAACAACAUGAAAGGACUGUAAUAUUUUUUUUUUAACCUUACUUGAAAUGAUAUGGAGGAUAAAACAUGAACUGGGUCAUGUAAGUGAAUUGCAGUUGGUGGCAAAUCAAAGUUUUUUUUUUAAAUGACAAUUGUGAUAUGAGUGUAAUGGGAUUUGACCCUAUAAAUGUAUUUUUCUUUUUUAAUUUUGCGGUUUC